AUGGAACAGGAAAAUGAAGAUUUAAGGGAACAGACGGAGAUGCAACAGCUUGAAAUUCCGUCAAAUGAUCUAAUUUAUUUACACAGACAAGAUAUUGAAGAUAGCGAAGCUAAGACGGAACAAUAUGUCACUAAUAGCGACGUAGAAAAAAUAGAUUCACAAAUUCAGUACAGCUCUAUAAACAGGGUAGAUAACUUCGUUAUAAUGGUCGAUGCUAACGCCGGUCAUGUUGAAAUCAAGUAUGCCGGACCUUUAUCCUCCCCAAAUGAAAUUGGAACAUUACAAAACCCAACAGAAAUGGAGAUAUAUAUCCCAGCACAUGAUAAAACGCAGGAAGAGGCAAAUAAAGAGUAUGAGGAGCUUGGCUAUAUGAAAGCUAGCAAUAGUACUGCAAAUAUGAAAUCCAAUGCAUGCUAUGCAAAUAUUUCAACAAGCUGCAGCGGUGAUCAUCUAAAAAAUACCAACAUUUGCGUCGAUGAUGUAUCAACAAACAAGAUAAAACAGAGCAAUCAAGGUGAUAUUAUAGAUUUGAGCCUAAAGGAAACAACCGUAGAAAAGCACCCAGUUCAAGCUGUGUACCGACCAUCGAGUGCAGAACUCACUUACAGAUCAUCAAUGUGGAGAGGCGAUACUAAUCAAGGAGUGCUAAAUACACAACCAACUGUGUAUGGGCCAGAGACACAUUUGUUACCUGCGCAACAAACAAGUCUACCGUGUCAUCAACAAUUGUUAGACCAAAGUAUUUUCAAUAAGGUCUCAUCAUCUUCCACUUCACAACCAAAUUCUUGCAAUCAUAGUUCUACAGAAAUUCCAAAAAGAAAUGCCAACCAUCAUCUGAAACAUCAAACUGCAGUUAACAAAUUACAGCCAGCGUCGUUUCAUCAUCAUUCUUUUAGUCGACGAAGUGCGCAUUUAGAGACACCUCCAAUAAGUCCAAUAGACUGUCAAUGGAGAGUGCUACCGCCGAAAAGUAAUUUUCCUAUUUAUGAUCAACAGAAAGGUUUUCGUAAAGGUGGUAUUCUAAAAUUAAACGAGUUUUUUUCGAAUUCCCAAAGAAACACGAUGCCGAGUGAACUAGCCUGUGGAACUUAUAAAAACUCACAUUAUCCAAUUGAUCAGCUAAUUAAGAAACAAUUACCAAAAAGCCUUAGAGAAGCGCGGCAAGCGAAUGCAUUCGACCGAGGGGCUUCUUUUCAUCAUCGAUUUGAUCAGAUUCAGCCGACACCCCAAAACGCACAACAACAUCAACCUUAUCAUGAAUAUUUGGUGAAAAAUGUUGCCGUCGAAAAAUUUCGUUCAACGAAAUGGUUCACUUUCCCCUCUAUUAUGGAUUCGUACGAUGCACGAUAA